UCCUACAAGCUUACCAUUUCUAGAAGUUCUGGUAUGGACUGACAUGGUAUCAGCUUAUGCUGUGUGGGUGAUGAUGACAUACUUAACAAAUGUCUGGAGGCUUGACUUAACCCAUGCUGCUGCAAUUGUGAAUGUGUUUACUGGUGCUGCCACAAUAAUGCCUAUAGGCAUGGCCUUCCUUGUUGAUGCUUUCAUGGGUGACUAUUGGAUGCUCUUGCUCUCUAGUCUUGCUUAUAGCUUUGGGAUGAGCUUCUUGGCAAUGUCUACACCACCUGUCCUUUUCUAAUGUCGCAGGCAACUGUAGUGCCUACAAUCCAGAUUGCAUUGGUGAUGCCCAGAAAGCUCUCUUCUACACAGCAUUAGCACUCAUAGCUAUUGGGAUAUCUGGCCAUAUCACAUCCUUAAGAGUCUUUCCUGAAUCAACAAAAGCUGAACCAAACAGAUGCUAGGAAAAAGCUAUGGAAUUGUGUUGGCAAUUUUGCUGUGAUUCUUCUCGCACUUAUCGGAAGUAUUGCACUUCCAUAUAUAAAGCCAUGGUCUGUCCGAUUUGGAAUACCAGCAAUCUGUACAGUACUGUCAACUUUUCUAUUCAUAUGUGGCUCGUGUAAGUCGUGUUCAUGUGAACCAGGCAGCAAAAACAAGG